UAAGUGCCGGCAAGGACGAGGUAUUCGUUGGAGGUGAGGCUCGCGAGACCAUCUGCCGACGCUCAACGCUGUCAGUCUCGUCUGCUUGCGAGUCUGGGCGGCUUGGUUUGGAGGCGAGAGACUUGCCAUUGAAGGUCUUUUGGUAGAUCAGUCCGCCGGCCUUGUUGAUCGUCCAAAGCGAAAAGACUGUGUUGGACAUUGCGUUGUCGUCUAUCGUACGGAUCUCUCAGCCCCGGAAGCUCUCGGGUCACAGCAGGAAGGAACAGCAGCCGUCAGCGCCCUGACCGCACGUCGAACUGGACUGACACGAGACGGUUGAGAGUGCUUGCGUGAACUGCCGACGAACCGUCGCCGCCACGCUUGCGCUGCUCGAGAGCUCUUGCUGAUGCAGAGAGCGCUGGCUCGAGCCUUGCUAGCGCCGAGCAGGACAGCAAGCACAGCCAUCUCGAACAACCCGAUCGUUGGCGAGCAUUUGGGCAGCAAAAGACUUGUCUGCUCUUGCAUCUCGGCCUCUGCCUCUUCCACACGGGCUCAGCACCGACCCAGACGAGCUGUCAUGUCAAGCACAAGACGAGCGACCAUGGUCUCGAAGCAUCUCUCGUCAGCUGCGAGCCCAAGCUCGAGUACAAGCGAACAAGCCGUGCAGCUGUCGCACGAGUCGAAUCUGUACACAAUCACGCUCAACAGGCCCAAAGCGCUCAAUUCGCUCAAUCUCGACAUGAUGAACAUCAUCAAGCCUGCCUUAAGACGAUGGAAGGACAAGCAAGAAUGCAAACUUGUGCUCAUCAAAGGUGCAGGCAGAGCCUUUUGUGCAGGUGGAGACGUCGUAGGCAAGCCGACCGCCAUCGUACAGGGUGCCAAAGAGCCAGCCGGCCGUGCACAAGCUAUGUCCUUCUUUCGGUCUGAGUACGAGAUCGACAAUCUCGUCGCGAAGUAUCCCAAGACGGUCAUCUCUUUGCUCGAUGGCUUCACGAUGGGAGGCGGUGUAGGCAUAUCCGUGCAUGGCCACUUCCGGGUGGCGACAGAGAAUACGCUGUUCAAAAUGCCCGAAACGACAAUCGGACUUUAUCCAGAUGUUGGCGUUACUUUCUUUCUUGCCCGCAUGGACGGCGAACUAGGAACCUACCUCGGCCUGACCAGUCAGGGACUCAAUGGAUGGGCAGCCUACCAAGCCCGAAUCGCGACCCACUACAUCCACUCCGAUCGUCUGCCUGCGCUCGAGCAGCGACUAGCAGAACUAGACAUCACAGAUCCUGCGACCGACGUCAACGCACUCGUCAAUGAUACGCUGAACGAGUACACCGCCGACGCGACAGUAGGCGAGAAGGAUCCCACGCCGAGCGCUGCCGAGACGAUCACGUCUGCGCAGCGCAAAGCCAUCGAUCGCGCCUUUGCGCAUGAUAGCAUCGAGGAGAUCCAGGCAGAGCUGGAGCGUACGGUAUCAGGCGAGGAUUCUGAUGUCGCCGAGUGGGCAAGCAGGACUCUGACGACGCUCAAAAUGCGCAGUCCGACGAGUCUCAAAGUCACUUUGCAAGCGAUCCGCAAUGCUGCAAAGCUGGACAUCGACCAGACAUUCAGGAUGGAUAUGCGCUUAGCAGGGACUUUCUGCGAUCCCGACAUCGCGCCAGACUUUUUCACCGGGGUGCAUAACCAGCUGAUCCAGAAGGACAAGGAGCUACGAAAGCAGCGACCUCAAUGGUAUCCGAGCGAGAUCGCCGAAGUCUCGAGCGAACAGAUUACCGCCGACUUCUUUGCCAACGAGUCCAAGACGAGCGUACCCAUUCCGGAGCUCGACAUCGAUUCGUCGCUGCCGGCCUAUACUGAAUAUCCUCACGAGAGAAACGCCCUGCCAUCGGAGGAAGUCAUUGGCAGCGUCGUCAAAGGAAAUUGGCCAAGCGUUGGCAGCUUUGCGCUCAAGCCAGCGCAAGUGGUGCGCGUCCUUGAGAAGGAUUGGACGGCCAAACCCGGUCUGCGGCACAAGAUCGAGGAGACCCUCAUUCGCCGUGCGACUGUGUCCCAAGAUGGCACGCUCAAGUGGCAGUACUGAGAUGCAUGCUCCUCUCAUCCGACCUCGC